AUGGCCAAGUGGGCACCCAGGGAAGGUGAUGUGGGAAGUACUGCCUUCACACCGGCCCCUGGGGACGAGCUCUCAGACCUGGAUGAACUCUCCCUGGAACAGCACAACCCUUCUUUACGUCCCGAGGAGUUCCUGCCGGAGACGAGCAUCAUGCCCAGCGCUCAUGUGGCCUUAUCAGAGACUGCCCCAGGGUCCCAGCCAGGCAUCUCUGUCCUGGUCCUCUCCUCUCCAUCUCCCACUACUUUUGAUACAGCCUUUUUAAACCACAGACAACAGACUCAAAGUACAGCAGAGCACAGCAUCUUUGCGGCACAGUAUGGAUCCGUGACGAGUAACGAGGUGGCCAUUGAUGACGACGAGAUGGAUAACUUUUUGCCAGAUGCUCACUGGACCUCUUCAGGGGUGGCUUCCCCAAUGCAGUCUGCCUCACCGAGCCCACUAGAGCCACCCCAGGAAAUGCCGGAGCCUGGGAUGACUCCAUUGCUACCCACGAUUUCUCUGCAGGAUGAAGUGCUGUCUGGAUGUCGGAGCACAGCGCAACAGGCAACCGUCCACGUGGAGUCCUCCAGUGAUUUCAGCACUUCUUGGUCAGCUUUUCUCACAUCCGAGGGCAUCAUUCCAACUCCUAGUAGGAGUUUGGUGCUUCAUCCUACGGAAAUUCACAGCCAGUUAUCAAGCAAGGCUUUGCCAGAGACGGUAGCUUCCGUAACAGAGGGCGUGGAAAACCUCCUUUUCAGCUCCUGGAUAUCCGUGCCUCAGCCGGUAGGCGAUGGCGUGACUCAGCAGCCAUCUGUUCCCCUGUGGGAGGUCUCACAGCCUCUAAUGGGUGUCCUGGCCACAAGCACAGACAGAAAUCCUAAUGGGACCACUGCUUGGAGUGAACGCCGGGAAGAAGUCAUCUCUCUAAGAGCGCUCCCCACUGUAACCACGUCACCUACAGAUCCCGUUUUCACCAGCCCGCUUUCUGCUGUAUUGUCCACCCCGCUUUCAUCCGUGUCUUUUGCUACCCAACCAGCUGGCAUUUCAGAUAACCCCUUCCUCUCUAGCGAGGCCGGGGAAACGUUAGAAUCACCGCACAGCGCCACAGCCCCCAGUUUUACUGACCAUCCUCAUGCCCUGAACCCUGAGGCUUCCCUGAGACCACACACAUGGUGUGUGUCCUGUGUUUUCUCAUCACCUCAGCAAGUUUUGUCCAGGAGCCUCACAGAGAAGGAGGUGGGAUCAGGGGACGGGCAUGAAGCUCUGUCUACCGCCUCAGUGGAAGCAAGCCAUCUCUCGCCAUCAAGCAGCGUGGGCACAGACCUCUCUGAACUUGAAGAUCCUCAAGAAUUUAAUACCCUUUUCCCUUCCAGACCUGUCGUCUCCCUUUCUUCCAGAUCUGUGGGGUUGUGGGAGGUCAGCCUGGACAUGUCACCUGAGGUGGAUAUGAGCGGCAUUACCGCCACGCAGGUGUACCCUUCCCAUGGCCACCUCUCCACACCAAGUUCGCUUGAUUCCACCUUUGGCUUCUCCGUCACCAGGGAUCUAGUGAUGCCAUCCAGUGUGACCUAUUUGUUGUCCUCAGUCAUCCCUAGCGUCCAUUUUGAGUCAUCUCUCUCUUUGACAGCAAAUCAAACCACGCCAUCCCUUCCAGCUGGAAACCCAAGUCUUCUCACCUCUUCCCGUUUGGCCUCCUCGGCAGAGUCUAAAGUUUUUGCUGACCUAGAACCUACCAGCGUUUUGCAACUCGAGUCUGGGAGUCUUUUGGAUUCCACAUCCAGCUUCUACUCCGCUCCGCUCCUGGACUUCAGCACUCCGGCCCCUUCACGGUCAGAUCUUCUUGCUUACCCAUCUUUGACGUCAACUGAUCCAUCAGCUUUCCUUUCUCAGCCUCCUCCCACCGUGGCUGAGACAUUCUCAUUGUCCAGCUCUAUCAAUUUGCAGUCACCUCAGCUUUUUGUUCUUAAGCCCACAAGUCUAGAGCCAUCUCAGCCUUGGUCAAGUUCAGACCUUCUUAUGAAGACGGUCACUCUUCUUCCCAGUCACUCCGAAAUGCUCCCACUUUCAAGCUCCCCCUCUGAUUCUCGCAAGUUCGCCGCCGAAGCGUGGAGAGUUUCACUGAUAGAGUCUGGUGUGCAUCUUACCUCAGUUUUCUCGGAAGCUACCUCUGUCCUUGAAUUGCCACUCAUUCCCCAUGGGUCCUCAGGCAGCACACUGGUGCCCUCCAGCUUCGAGACCACCCUUGGCAUCUCAACUACUGGGACUCACUUCUCAUCUCUGCCAGCUGUUUUCCAUUUGACACCCAUUUUAACCGGGUCAUCUCCAUUCUUGACUCUGACACCUUCCGAUGGCAGUGUGAGUGUGACAGACCAUUCCACACCUGUCUCACCCAUAUCCUCCAGUGUCAUUCCGACCAGCACAGAGUCGAUCUCUGACUUACUCCUGUCAACCUCCCCAUCUCUUGCUUCCGAAGUAAGCCCUUCACCUAUGCCCACAAAGCCAGUCAUGGGCUCAUCAUUGACACCCACAGAUUCACCACCCACCACCUCCCCAGAACCAAGUCCAUCCCCGGAACCAAGCAUGCCCAAUACCAGCACUGCCCCUGGUGAUACUGUGGACUCUGCUCUGAACAGCGAGCCUAUGAGUCAGAACCCUCAGGGGAACAGUGUACCCCCUCCCCAGCCCUCCCUCGGUCCUGUGACCACCUCCACGCUCGAAGCCACAGUUGGUACACCAGCACUGGCCACAGCCAAGCCGCCAUAUGUGUGUGAUAUUACAGUUCCCGAUGCCUAUUUGAUCACAACUGUGCUGGCCAGGCGAGCUGUGCAGGAGUACAUCAUUACGUCAAUCAAAGAAGUGUUGAGGAUUCAUUUCAACCGUGCGGUGGAGCUGAAGGUUUAUGAACUGUUCACAGACUUCACUUUUCUGGUAACAUCCGGUCCUUUUAUUUACACGGCAAUAUCGGUCAUCAAUGUCCUCAUCAACAGUAAACUUGUACGUGACCAGACUCCUUUAAUCUUGUCUGUGAAACCGUCUUUCCUCGUGCCGGAGCCCAGGUUUCAAGUUCAAACAGUACUUCAGUUCGUGCCUCCAAGCGUGGAUACUGGCUUCUGCAACUUCACCCAGAGCGUUGAGAAAGGCCUGAUGACAGCUCUCUUUGAAGUGAGGAAACACCAGGGGCCAUAUAACCUCACAGUGCAGAUUGUGAAUGUCACCGUUGGCUCCUCGCGGGUGGCUCCUCGGAGGGGCCCGGUGAAUAUCAUCUUUGCUGUUAAAGGCAUGCAGGGCUUCCUGAACGGGUCGGAGGUGAGCGAUUUGCUCAGGAACCUGACGGUGGUGGAGUUCAGCUUUUACCUGGGGUACCCGGUGCUGCAGAUCGCAGAACCCUUCCAGUACCCACAGCUCAACCUAUCUCAGUUACUGAAGUCCUCUUGGGUCAGAACAGUCCUCCUGGGCGUCGUGGAGAAGCAGCUCCAUAAUGAAGUGUUUCCGGCGGAGAUGGAGCGCAAACUGGCCCAGCUGCUCAGUGAGGUGCCCACCAGGAGAAGAAUGUGGCGGAGGGCCACCGUGGCCGCUGGGAACAGCGUGGUGCAGGUAGUGAACGUGUCCAGGCUGGAGGGAGACGACAAUCCCGUGCAGCUCAUCUACUUUGUGGAGAAUCAAGAUGGAGAGCGACUCAGUGCAGCUGAGUCUUCAGAUCUGAUCAACAAGGUAGACCUUCAGAGAGCGGCCAUCAUCUUAGGCUACCGGAUUCAAGGCACCAUUGCCCAGCCUGUGGACAGAGUGAAGAGGCCAUCCCCGGAGUCACAGAGCAGCAACCUGUGGGUCGUGGUUGGCGUGGUCAUCCCGGUGCUGGUGGUCACUGUGAUUGUCGUCAUCCUCUAUUGGAAGCUGUGCCGCACAGACAAGCUGGAUUUUCAGCCUGACACGGUGGCCAACAUACAGCAACGGCAGAAGCUGCAGAUCCCCAGUGUGAAAGGCUUCGAUUUUGCUAAGCAGCACCUGGGUCAGCACAAUAAAGACGACAUACUGAUUAUCCACGAGCCCGCACCACUGCCGGGACCUGUGAAGGACCACACCACACCCUCUGAGAAUGGAGAUGUGCCCAGCCCGAAGUCCAAGAUCCCUUCCAAGAACAUCCGCCACAGGGGCAGAGUUUCUCCCUCAGAUGCAGACUCUACCGUCAGCGAGGAGUCCAGCGAGAGGGACGCAGGAGAGAAGACACCGGCCGCUGCGCAGGAGAGCAAGGCCCACAGAGCUCCGCAGAGUGGUGCCCCCCUGCCCACUUCAGGCAAUGAGCAGCAUUCCUCAGCCUCCAUCUUCGAGCAUGUUGACCGAAUUUCCCGAACCUCAGAGGCCAGCCGGAGGGUCCCCAGUAAGAUCCAGCUCAUCGCCAUGCAGCCCAUCCCAGCACCCCCCGUACAGCACCCUGUCCUGGCCGACCGAGUAGCAGAAACCAACAAAAUCAACAAGGAGAUCCAGUCCGCACUGCGCCACAAGUCAGAGAUCGAGCACCACCGCAACAAGAUCCGCCUGCGUGCCAAACGCCGAGGCCACUAUGAGUUCCCAGUGGUGGAUGACCUGUCUUCCGGGGACACCAAGGAGCGACACCGAGUGUACCGCAGGGCACAGAUGCAGAUCGACAAGAUCCUGGACCCCGCAGCCAGUGUGCCCUCUGUGUUCAUAGAGCCCAGGAAGAGCUCACGGAUAAAACGUUCUCCUAAGCCACGCCGGAAACACCAGGUCAACGGCUGUCCCGCUGAUGCCGAGAAGGACAGACUCAUCACCACAGACAGUGAUGGCACAUACAAGCGGCCUCCGGGUGUGCACAACUCCGCCUAUAUUGGAUGCCCAUCUGAUCCUGACCUUCCGGCUGAGGUGCAGACGCCGUCCUCUGCUGAGUUGAGCAGGUAUCCGGGCUUGCCCUUCUCGGCCUCGCAGUACAUCCCCCCGCAGCCGUCCAUCGAGGAGGCACGCCAGACCAUGCACUCCCUCCUGGAUGACGCCUUCGCCCUCGUGGCCCCCAGCAGCCAGCCUCCCAGUGCCCCGGGAGCAGGUCCUGGGGUGCCGGCCAGCCUGCCUGUGAAUAGUACCCCUUCCAGGGAAGAAAGGCGAGCCACGCAGUGGGGGUCUUUCUACAGUCCAGCCCAGACGGCCAACAACCCCUGCAGCAGAUACGAAGACUAUGGGAUGACGCCCCCAUCAGGCCCGUUACCAAGACCUAGCUUCGGCCCAGGGUUGCUGCCAUCUUCAGAGCUGGUCCCCCCUGAACCCCCUCAGCCACAGUCAUCGGCUGAAGCUCCGUUUGCUGCCCGAGGGCUCUACCCUGAGGAGAUGCCGUCGGUCGCCCGUCCUCGGCCUGUUGGGGGCACCACAGGCUCCCAGAUCCAGCACCUGACGCAGGUGGGAAUCGCAAGUCGAAUCGGGGCCCAGCCAGUGGAAAUUCCUCCCGGCAGAGGCGGCCAGUACGGGGGACCAGGCUGGCCUGUGUACGGGGAGGAGGAAGCAGGGCGAAGAGAAGCCACCCACAUGCUCGGACAUCAAGAGUAUUCUUCUUCACCGCUGUUUCAGGUGCCAAGGACUUCGGGCAGGGAGCCCUCAGCUCCUCCCGGGAACCUCACCCACCGAGGGCUGCAGGGCCCUGGGCUGGGUUACCCCACCAGCUCCACAGAGGACCUCCAACCCGGCCACUCCUCCGCCUCCCUCAUCAAAGCGAUCCGAGAGGAGCUUCUGAGGCUCUCCCAGAAACAGGGCUCAGUACAGAACUUCCACAGCUGAUCAGCCCCCCCCUUCAGGUUUGCCAAGUAUCUGCUUCCUGUGGAAGCAAGACCAAAAGGAAAUCAACUGAGUGGGUGUUUGUAAGAGUCGGAAGCAGCAUCUCCGGGCAAGCUGCCCGAGGAAGGGAACAAGUUGCAAUUUUAGAAGAUGCCAUAAAGUCGCACGGACAACUCAUGGUUCAUCCGCUAGGUUGGCAAUUUGGUGGCCACUUGGGUUCAGUUAAAAUGUGUGUACUUUGGGCCAAAAGCCAGCACUUCACACACACACACACACAC